GAUACCACAAAAAAUCCGAAAUGUCGAGACCCAAGCUUUCAAGCCGCGUCCGAGUACGUCGGGCACGAGCACGAACGCAAAGCCUCCAGAUAAAGAUCCGGCAAUUAAUGAAAAUCAGUAUCAUAUGUCAAGCGAAAAUUCUCAAGUAGAACAUCUGACUGUGUCCAAGAAGAUCAAGAAACAGACAGCGAAAAAAUCGACGGCGAUUUGACGGAAAUGUGCGAAGCUGUGUCGAGCACCGAUUGUGAUUCUUUGGUAUCCUCGCCAAAAAAGAAAAAAAUAAAAGGAAAAAAAAUACCAAAAAUCAUGAGAAGAAAAAAGAGAAACGAUUAUUUCGCACAGUUUGGCAACGCGAUUUCCCGUGGGUAACGAAUUGCAACAACAAGCCGUUCUGCACUACCUGCCAAAAGUCACUCCAAGGAGGGCAGUCACACCUCCAACGACAUGAAAAAACGGAUUUUCAUCGAAAAACUUCUAGUAUUUCGUCACACACAGUAGCUCUCGAUGUGUUGAUGAAAGAAAAUCCCCGACUGAAAAAAGCAACUGAAGCAAAAAAUUCGGCCUUCAAACUGGCAAUGCUCAUUGCAGAGCAUAAUUUACCUUUUAAGUUCUUGGAACAUCUAACCAAGCUUUUGCCUGCCCUUUGCCCAGAUUCUGAAAUUGCCAAAAAAGUAUCUUGUAGUCGAACAAAAGGGAGAAGACUCAUCGUGGACGUUCUGGGUCCAGAGAGACUCGAAGAAGCGGCUUUCAAAUUACGCACGGCGAAGUUUUCACUCAUCAUUGAUGAGACGACCGAUAUAAGCACGAACAAAUGCCUCGUCAUGGUUGCCCGAUACUUUGAUGAUGACACCAACGAAAUAAGAGAUCGUUGUGUGGGGCUUUUAGAAGUACCAUGUUGUACCGCUGCGGCAUUACACUCUGCCAUAAUAGAAUUUUUAACUCUACAUCAAAUUCCUCUCACGAACAUGAUUGGAUUUGCAGCAGAUAGUGCUUCCGUCAUGAUGGGAGCUUUAAAUGAAAUUCAAGCGAAAUUAAAAGAGGCCCUUCCACAUUUGGUCGUGGUGGGUUGUCUCUGUCACUCGUUUCAUCUGUGCGCUUCCGCGGCUUGUUUGCAGUUGCCGCGAACAGUUGAGGAUUUGGCCCGUGAUAUAUAUUCGUACUUUUCACACAGUCCGAAACGUUUGGCACAGUUCGCCGGAUGCCAAGAAAUUGCUAACCUAGAACCCCAUCGAUUAUUACGACCGAGUCAAACUCGAUGGUUGUCUCUCCAAGCCGUGGUCAAUCGCAUUCUCGAACAGUGGCCAGCUCUAAUCAAAUUUUUCGAAAUUGCCGCGAUCGAAGACAGUCUGCAAGCUGCAAAUACGAUAAUGUACACGCUGAAAAAUCCAAUGUUCAAGCUAUAUUUUAGCUUUUUAUCGUACGUACUCGGUUUGAUAAAUCGAUUGAAUCUCGAGUUUCAAAGUCGAGACUCACUGCUGUACUGUUUAUUGGAUCGAGUAAUGGAGGUAUACCGGACCUUGCUGAAAAAUUAUUUAAAAACUGAAUACGUCAUGAAGACGUCUACGCAGUCAAUUGAUCCCGGCAAUGUGCGUGAGUAUAAACCCAUUGAAGAACUUUAUCUCGGAGCUCGAGUUGAGGCAAUGUUGACUGGUAUACAAGGGUACGCUGACGAAAUUCGAGAUUUCAAGCUACGAACACUUUCAUUUUACGUCGAGCUAUGUCGACAAAUAAAGCGUCGCAUCAAAUUUAAUGAUCCGGUCCUCUCAGCUUUAUCGAUAUUGAAUCCGAAAGUUGCUACAUCUGGGAAUAUUGCAUCGGUUAUUCCAUUGGCGCUACUCUUUCCAAAUCUCGUCAAAGAAGAGAAUAUGGAGGAAUUGAACUCUGAAUGGAGAUUACUUCCGGAGGUAGCAGAGUUGUCGAGUACGAGUGUAAACUUAAGCCUGGUUCAAUUCAUCAAUAAGAUCGGUGUGAUAAAAAACCAAGCAGAAACAUUAAUGUUUCCGCGAUUGCACUGCUUUAUGAAAUCUCUCGCAUGUCUGCCUCACAGCAGUGAGGCCAAAGCUCGCAAUAAACUUAAAGUCAGUACGAGCAAUACCUUGAUUUUAACUAAAGAACUGCUCCAUAAAAAAGCCUGCUAUGAAUGGCAACCAAAUAGCAAGUUAUUUGAACAAGAAAAGAAGACAAAAGAGAUCGAUAUCGAGUCAGACAGUGAUGAUUCUUGAUCGUGUCGGAAUUCGAAAUUUGGAAAGAAAAAUAUCGUCUCAGUCUCUACAUUCUUUUUGAUAAUAUAAAAUAAAUGUAUG